AUGAAAACUCCUGAAGCUGAGGCUGUCACCUACAUAGCUGCCCCCAGGGCUUGUUGUUUGUUGACUCAGGUACCUGCCAGGAGCAAGCUGCCGUUUUAUCACUUUAGCCGCUGGCUCAGCGGCCCGCCCGGGGUAUCGUGCCGGCGGGUCACAAAAAAGGAGCUCUACGGACGGGCUCAUCGGAGACUGCCCUUGCUGACCCGCUCCAGGAGUGCCGCCUUCGGCCGGAGUCCAGGCCGGGGAGUAGUGACCGGAGGGCGGCUCUUUGCUGCCACCUACCGGCGUGAUGCUACCAUAGCCGACCCCGCAUCAAGGCACAACCGAUUCCAGGGCUCCAGCUUCUUCCCGGGAGCCGAAGGAAGCCGGGAUGUCAAAACAACCGACUGGUUUCAGGAAUGGCCAGAUUCCUAUGUGAAGCACAUCUACAGUUCAGAGGACAGGAACGCUCAGAGGCACCUGAGCAGCUGGGCCAUGCGCAACACCAACAAUCACAACUCCCGCAUCUUGAAGAAGUCCUGCCUGGGAGUGGUUGUUUGCAGCCAAGACUGCUCUGCCGAGGAGGGAAGGAAGAUCUAUCUGAGGCCAGCCAUCUGUGACAAAGCCCGGCAGAAGCAGCAGAGAAAACGAUGUCCUAACUGUAAUGGGCCUUUGAAGCUCAUUCCCUGCCGUGGCCACGGGGGCUUCCCUGUCACUAACUUCUGGAGGCAUGAUGGACGGUUCAUCUUUUUUCAGUCCCUACCAGGUGAAACCCAAAGUCAAGAAAGUUUACCUUUAACUUGGUCUUACCAGGAAGGCUUCCAAUUGCCCAGUAGUUUUAAUGGGCAUUUAAUCGAUAACAUGCCCCAGAAGAAGUCAUUGAAUAAUUGCCUUUCAUUUACCAAGAACUACUAUUUUGGAAGAGCCUCCCAACUUGUGGAGCCCUUGGUGGAAUCGGGGCCCACGAAAUUCUUCGAGAAAUGCAAACUGACUACUAGUCGGAUUUGCAACAGUGGAGAAUUGCUUCAGCCCUCUCUCCCAGGAGUCUAUACAGAUUAUGGAGACCUUCAGAGCUGGAAUAAGAAUACAGGCUUGGGGGGGCCUCCCCAUCAUGAUGGCUACUGUCCUGGCUACCCCUUCCCUUUGACCAGUUGGCCUUGUGACCUCUCCCCUACAUUGAGCUGUAUGGAAGCAGGCAACCAGCAAAUGCCCAGUGAGACACCAGUUGUCAAAGCUGGCUGCCACCCAUUCAGGUCCAAUGCAGGCCUGCCUGGGAGUGACCUGUAUGAAGAGAAGCUGCAUGUGGAUUUUAACGGCUACUUCCCCACGGCGAGGUACCACUUCCCUCAGGAAGACCCUUUUCUCCUUAGCUAUACCCCUCACCACCAGUACUCACUUCCAACCAAGGGGAGCAGAUGGGACUUUGAUGAUGAAGUGAAAUGUAUGACUUUGGACCAUGGCAACAGUGACACAUUUCUGAAUAUCUAUCCUUUAAGAUGACUUAAGAUGACUCACCCCACUCAUCUCCUCCCUACCCCAACACCUCUCACGGAAACACAACCAAACAGAAACUUCCUUUGGGAAACUUGGAGAUGGAUGUUUGAGAUGGGAGUGGAACUAACCACAGAUAAGCUGAGCUAUGAGAGGGAGCUCCAGGCAGUUCUCACUUCUCUUCCUUAAUCUUUUAGGCACAUCCCUUAUCCCUAAUGGGGAAUCACAUCUACUGGGCUGACCCAAACCUAGUGUCAGGAGUUGAAUGCCCUCUGGAUUUUUUAUACAUUAAGAUUUGUAACUUCCAACCCCUUAGCUCCUCAUAUCUGGUUCUUUCCCCUUGACAGGUCCAAUACUUCAGACCCAAUACCAUUAUUCAGCAUUUCUAGCAAUGGCUCCUUGAAAGAAGAAUGGGAAGAGAAUGAAAGAACAAAUGGGGGAGAGAAUAGAAAUUAUAUUAUUCAAAUCUUUUAAAACAGUAUCUUAUCCUACAUUUAGAUAAUAAAAUAUUGUUGUUUGAACUAGCUUGUCCUAGGGAUUUGUUACAUCAAAUUUUAUUUCACACUAAGCUAAAAAAAAAACAACCUCAUAACGUGCAGUAUUAAAUAAACUGGAUUGUAACUCAUUGAAAGAAACAGGAUCAAAGAAGUCAAAUCUAGAGAUCUGUGUUGGUGAACUUGUGGCACGUGUAAUGGCACUUGCUGGAAGGGGCUGCUCCCUUCCCCCUCUCCACUUUCGCCUAAGGACAUUUCUCCCAUCACCUGCCCCUCUGCC